CGCGGAGGCCCUCGGAGCAGCAUGAAUUUGAGAUUCUGCGUGCAGGCGCUCCUGCUGCUUUGGCUGUCUCUGACCGCCGUGUGUGGAGGGCCCCUGGCACAGCCUUCUGACCGGAAGGGGCUGCAUGAAGCCAAUGUUCACACACCACAACCCAGAAGUUCUAAGAACCUACAGGGGUCUUGGCCUGGAGCUAAGAGGAAAUUUCGUCGCCAGCGGCCACGCCUCUCCCACAAGGGCCCCAUGCCUUUCUGA